UCAUGCAUCCCACUUCUAUGCAGGUCCCCAACAUCACAACACGCACAGCAGUGGUUAUGAAACGGAGUCAUUGUAAACCCAACACACCAUAACAGAUCCUUCCUGCGGCGAAUGGGUAUUGACAGUUUCUGCAGUUUGGACGGUUCUGAUCCAUUUUGGGAUUGGAACCGGACAUGGCAAACACACAAUCCAGACCUGACACCAUGUUUCCAGAACACAGUGCUGGUUUGGAUACCCUGCCUCUACCUCUGGCUGUUUGCACCGUUCUACAUCCUAUAUCUCAAAAGAAAUGACCGUGGAUACAUAUGCAUGACCCACCUCAACAGAGCCAAAACAGUUAUUGGGUUUACCCUAUGGCUUAUCUGCUGGGCAGAUGUUUUCUACUCUUUCUGGGAAAGAAGCCAUGGUUCUACAAUUGCCCCCGUCUACCUAGUCAGCCCCACAAUGCUUGGCGUUACAAUGUUGCUGGCUACUUUCUUGAUCCAGUAUGAGCGGAUGAAGGGGGUCCUAUCCUCAGGGGUGAUGCUCAAUUUUUGGCUGAUCGCCAUAGUGUGCGCUACAGUCACCUUUCGCUCCAAAAUCCUGCAUGCAUUGAAUGAGCCUGCCAGUGUGAAUGUGUUCAAAUAUACCACUUUCUACAUAUAUUACACCAUGCUACUCAUCUCCCUGAUACUGGCCUGCUUGUCCGACCAGCCUCCGCUCUUUUCACAGGCUGUCAAAGACUCGAAUCCAUGUCCAGAGUUGGGAGCUUCAUUCCUGUCCAGAAUCACUUUCUGGUGGAUCACAAGAUUGAUGAUGACGGGUUAUAAAAGGCCUCUGGAAGAGAAGGAUCUGUGGGCGCUCAACACGGAGGAUAAGUCUCAAAGAGUGGUGCCACAGCUGGUGCGCUGCUGGGACCAAGAAUGCAACAAAGUCAAAAGGCCCGUAGAUAAGACACUCUACUCCCCAAAAAGAGCAGCAGCAAGGGGAGAAAAGAUGGAUGGACCACCAAUAGAAGAGUCUGAGAUUCUGCUUGCUAAAACCCUUCAGAAAACUGGCGAGCCAUCUCUCUUAUUCGCUCUCUGCCGAACCUUUGGACCGUACUUUCUUGUCAGCUCUCUGUAUAAGAUUAUUCAUGACAUCCUUAUGUUUGUUGGACCAGAAAUUCUCAGGCUGCUGAUCCAGUUUGUGAAUGAUUCAAGUGCCCCCACUUGGCAUGGCUAUUUCUACACCACCCUGCUGUUAGUUUGUACCUGUGUGCAAACCCUCAUUCUGCAGAAAUAUUUCCACGUUUGCUUUGUGACAGGCAUGAGGUUGCGUACGGCCAUUGUUGGUGCCGUGUACAGGAAAGCCUUGGUCAUUACCAAUGCUGCCCGACGAACAUCAACUGUUGGAGAAAUUGUGAAUCUGAUGUCUGUAGAUGCUCAGCGUUUUAUGGACCUCAUCACCUACAUCAACAUGAUUUGGUCAGCACCUUUGCAGGUUAUCCUGGCCCUUUACUUCCUGUGGGAGAAUCUGGGUCCUUCUGUGCUUGCCGGAGUGGCUGUGAUGGUGCUGAUGGUUCCUGUAAAUGCAGUCAUUGCCAUGAAAACUAAAACCUACCAGGUUGCCCAAAUGAAAAGCAAGGACAAUAGGAUCAAGCUUAUGAAUGAGGUGCUGAAUGGCAUCAAAGUCCUUAAACUCUACGCUUGGGAACUGGCAUUCAAAGACAAAGUUUCUGCCAUCCGAGAGAGUGAAUUGCGUGUGCUGAAGAAGACUGCUUACCUUGGUGCUGUGUCCACCUUUACUUGGGUCUGCGCACCAUUUUUGGUUGCCCUUUCCACGUUCGCAGUAUAUGUGUUAGUGGAUGAACAUAAUAUUCUGGAUGCACAGAAGGCAUUUGUUUCUCUGGCCUUGUUCAACAUCUUGCGCUUCCCUCUUAAUAUGUUGCCCAUGGUCAUCAGCAGCAUGGUGCAGGCCAGUGUGUCUAUGAAGCGUCUGCGUGUGUUUCUGUCCCAUGAGGAGUUGGAUGAAGACAAUGUGGAGCGGCCAGCCAUCACUGCAUCUCCUGACAGCAUCAGGAUUGUGGACGGAGCUUUCAGCUGGUCUAAAGACGACUCCCCUACUUUGAAGAGGAUUAAUGUAUGUAUCCCUGAGGGGGCGCUUGUCGCUGUGGUAGGGCACGUGGGUUCAGGGAAAUCCUCUCUGCUUUCAGCUUUGUUGGGAGAGAUGCAGAAGCAAGAAGGAUCUGUCUUGAUCAAGGGCUCUGUGGCUUACGUGCCUCAGCAGGCCUGGAUCCAAAACGCCACUCUCAAAGACAACAUUUUGUUUGGCCGGGAGGCAAAAGACAGCUGGUACCAGAAGGUGGUGGAGGCUUGUGCUCUCCUACCAGACCUGGAGAUCCUGCCUGGAGGAGACUCGACAGAGAUUGGGGAGAAGGGCGUCAAUCUGUCUGGAGGUCAGAAACAGCGGGUGAGCGUGGCCAGGGCUGUGUACUGCAGCUGUGCAGUGUAUCUUUUGGAUGACCCACUCUCCGCUGUAGAUGCUCAUGUGGGAAAACACAUCUUUGAGAAGGUCAUCGGACCUCAGGGGUUGCUACAGGGCAGAACUCGGGUUCUGGUGACCCAUGGGCUGAGCUUCCUGCCCCAGGCUGACCUGAUUUUGGUGAUGGUGGAUGGGGAAAUCACAGAGAUGGGCUCUUACACCGAGCUGCUGGGCAGAGAGGGUGCUUUCGCUGAGUUCCUGCGUACCUACACCAACACAGAGCAGGAGGAGGUGGAGGAGUCAGUGGGAGAAGCAGUCCCACGGAAAGGACUUGAGAAUGGAGGUCCUGCUGCCGUGUUGGGGCAGAGUCAGAACUCUCUUAAUGCAGCAGGCACAGGUAAAACCCCACAGAAAACUGAACCUAAUGAUGUUGUGGCCGCAAAGAAGACCAAAUCUACAGAAGCUGCCCGACUGACUGAGGCUGACAAGGCCAACACUGGCAGGGUGAAGCUGUCUGUGUUUUGGGAGUACAUGAAGGCCAUCGGCUUGCCCCUGUCCAUCUUCAGUAUCUUUCUGUUCUUCUGUCAUCAUCUGUCCUCUCUGGGCUCAAACUACUGGCUCAGUCUCUGGACAGAUGACCCUGUUAUCAACAACACACAGCCUAACAGAAAGAUGCGUUUAGGGGUGUAUGGAUCCCUCGGACUCACACAAGGCAUUGCAGUGUUCUGCUAUUCUGUGGCGGUGUCUGUUGGUGGGAUCUUAGCCUCCCGCUACCUGCACCAGACGAUGCUCUACAACGUCCUGAGAUCGCCCAUGUCUUUCUUCGAACGCACACCCAGUGGCAAUCUGGUCAACCGCUUUGCCAAAGAGACGGACACCAUUGACUCGGUCAUCCCUAGCAUCAUAAAAAUGUUCAUGGGCUCCAUGUUUAAUGUGCUGGGUUCAUGUGCUGUCAUCCUCAUCGCCACACCACUGGUGGCCAUCAUCAUCCCGCCGCUGGGCCUGCUCUACUUCUUUGUACAGCGUUUCUACGUGGCGUCCUCUCGGCAACUGAAACGACUGGAGUCUGUGAGCCGCUCUCCUGUCUACACACACUUCAAUGAGACGCUGCUGGGCACCAGUGUGAUCAGAGCAUUUGGAGAGCAGCAACGCUUCAUCAGAGAGAGUGACGGCAGAGUGGACCACAACCAAAAAGCUUAUUUCCCCAGCAUUGUAGCCAACCGAUGGUUGGCAGUGAGGUUAGAGUUUGUGGGCAACUGUAUUGUGACAUUUGCAGCACUUUUUGCAGUGAUGGCCAGGGACAGUCUGAGUCCAGGUAUCAUGGGGCUGUCCAUCUCUUAUGCGCUGCAGGUCACAACAUCUUUGAACUGGCUGGUGCGGAUGUCCUCUGAGCUGGAGACUAACAUAGUGGCGGUGGAGAGGGUGAAGGAAUAUGGAGACACAGAGAAAGAGGCUGAAUGGAGGUUGGAGCACUCAACUCUGCCUGCUGGCUGGCCGACUACUGGUCAAAUUGAAAUCCGUAACUUUGGCUUGAGAUACAGAGAGGACUUAGAGCUGGCUAUUUCUGAUAUCUCGGUCAACAUUGAGGGAGGAGAAAAGGUGGGAAUUGUGGGUAGGACAGGAGCAGGAAAGUCCUCACUGACAUUAGGGCUCUUCCGCAUCAUUGAGGCAGCUCAGGGGAAGAUCUGUGUAGAUGGAGUCAACAUCGCUGAGCUGGGCCUGCAUGAGCUACGAUCCAGAAUCACAAUCAUUCCUCAGGAUCCAGUGCUGUUCUCUGGUUCCUUGCGCAUGAAUCUGGACCCCUUUGAUGGCUACACUGAUGAGGAGGUCUGGAGCGCUCUAGAACUCGCACAUCUCAAGAACUUUGUGUCUGGCCUGCCUGACAAACUCAACCAUGAGUGUUCAGAGGGAGGAGAGAAUCUCAGUUUGGGUCAGCGGCAGCUGGUUUGCCUAGCUCGAGCUCUCCUGAGGAAGACCAAGAUUCUGGUUUUGGAUGAAGCCACUGCAGCUGUAGACCUGGAGACGGACAAUUUGAUACAGUCCACUAUCAGAACUCAGUUUGAGGACUGCACCGUUCUGACCAUCGCACACCGUCUCAACACCAUCAUGGACUACACUAGGGUGCUGGUUCUCGAUAAAGGCCAGAUGGCAGAAUUUGAUUCUCCGUCCAGUUUAAUUGCCAAGAAGGGAAUUUUCUACAAGAUGGCCAAAGACUCAGGUUUGGUCUGAAAAGGGGCUGAAGAGCCCUCUGUUCAUCCAGGACAUAUCAAUGACUAGAGCCCUUGGAGAGUGGACCUUGCGAGACAUGGACUCUGAAGGUACCUCUUCUGUGGGCCUGGAGCUCACACACACAGUGUGAACAUGACACCACUCCAUCCUCAGCUAUUGUAGCUCUCCGUUUUCAAUCACGUUUUAAAGGUUUCAAUUAAAAUGCUGCUUUAAAGGUUGUUUGAUGCCAACAGGUUUGAAACUAGUUUGAUUUAUGGCUGUUUUUGUUGUCAGUUUUCAUUUGGAAGACUUCUCAUUUUACCACUAAGCCGUGCUUUGCUGGUAGUGGUUGAUUUGUUAGUAAUGAAAACAAUUAUAUUUGCAACAUUGUUUCAGUGGAAAGAGUAAAGAACAAAGUUUCUCUGUGCAGUGUACCAUUGAUGCAGUGAUCAGUUGUUUAUUGACCAAACAGCUGCUGGGAAAUCCCUCCAUGAGCAUGAGGUACUUCAUCCCAAGCCAAAGUUAAUAUUUGAAGCUAGUCUCAUUGUCAAAGAAGAGACACAUUUGAAAACUCUAGUUUCAUCUCCAGAUAGACAUCGUUUUCUCUCAUUUAAUCUUUAUUUAUAGUUUGAGAAAAUCUGUUACAAUAUUUCUUUUCUUUAUAUCAAAUUAUUUUAUCAUAUAACAUAUUUAUUACUGGGUAUCACCCACAAAUGGCAACUUAAGCCUCAUCUUACCAAUAUCAUGCAGUAGCGUCUACACUGACCUUCUGUUUUCAUUGGUAAUAUAUUUAGUUGGUGUAUUUGAUUUAUGAUCUUUGUUUACUAUUAUUUCUCAGUGAUCAUUUUACCAAAAAAUUAUGAAUGCACUUAUUGUUCAUUAUAAAAACCUCCAACUAAGGUUUAUUUUUCAGGUUUGUUGGGAGUGAUGUUUUAAAAACAAGUAGGAAUUAUCCUAUGCCGCUUUGAGGUCAGAUACCUAAAUUGUAGUAGUUCUUGAAGGACAGGUUGUCUUGUAGAUGACCGUACCUACUGAGCUGUGUGCUGUGUGCUUCACUCUGUGUGCUGUAUACCAUAUAUCUGUUGAAUGUACGCUUGAGUGCGCCACGUUGUUUCAUUCAUCAGUACCUCCACUCUAGAUCAUUUAAGCCUUCUGAGUUUUUUAAAGGCCAAUCGUUUUUUUUUUUUUUUUAAAGAACUGACAAAGACACACUUUGAAUGAUAAAAAAUAUAUAUCUGAUUUGUUACAUAUUUAUAUGAUUUGUAUGUAAACAUAAAGUUAUUAUUUGAUAUUUGUAUACAUGCACUAGUUUUAAGUGUGCUUAGUUUCAUAAAUCAGGCUAUGUACAGGGAAAAUACGAAUAAAUUUUUG